ACGUAGGCAAGCGCCACUGAGAACUCCGUCUUAUUGAGAAUUUCGUGCUUUCCAGAGCUAGGCACCUACCUGCUAAAUGUCCAUCUUUGUACCAGGAAAGCUCGACCGUCCCAAACAAAAUCCUCACAUGACCAUCAGACGCUGCUGGUGCUGAUCCAGGUGCAGCAACAAAGCCUCUUCGUUUGAUGCUCCAAACAGAACCAGAACAUUUGUCCACUCAGGCUCUCAGGUGCUACCAUUGUUUCACCGUGAACUUUUACUCACGAUUCCCCCGGUUCUCGACCUACUCGAAACCUUCGACAUCUAACAUUUCUUUCUGCGGCUGCCCUCUCGAGGGUUCAAGUUUGACUUCUUCAUUCUUUUUUCUAUGCUUUUUCAUUUCAAGAUCUUCCUUUCACUUUUCGCUUUAAAAUCAGCAUUUGACUCCUGCAAAUGAUUUUGUCAAACUUUCCGACCAUCCAGCGGACCGAUCUAACCCCACAUCUUCUCCUUGUCCUUUCGCUCACAGCAUGUCGCAAAACACCGUUUCCUUUCCAGAUGCCCCGGUUUGUCUGCCCUUACUAAAGUUCUCGUACGCUACUGUUUCGAACGAGUCUGUCAUGCCUAUUCCAUGGAUCCAUCUAUCCAGUAAGACUGGCCUCUUCGCCAUUUUCGAGUCAACUGAGUCCACGCUCGACGAUGGUCAAAUACAUGUGAGGAAAAAGUUCAAGGUGACAAAUGAUCCAGAAAUAAUGGAAGAGCUCGACCUCGACGUGCUAUCUAUCGAGGCCCAUCGAUCCAUGAACACCCCACCCAAGUCCCUCGUGGAGGCUCAACUGCCCAAUGUCACUAUCAUUGUUCAGCCUCCGAACAUUGCUAUCAAGUACCCGUUGACCAACGGACAGGUGCUUCAAAUUUCCUUCAUUCUAUUCCUUGCUCACUGUAUCAUAGAUUCAUCGCUUCCAAGUCCGCUUUUCUUCCAAGGAGAAUUAUUACGAAGCCAUGAAGAACUUGGCCCGAGCAAAUGUUCCGACUGUUGAGGCUGGAGCCUUUCCAACAUCAAAGCCUCCGCCACCCGCUCCCCAGUCCAUCCCGAACCUCCUUCCAAGUGACUCAGUCUCCAACAUCGGCCUUCCAUAUUCGGUUGCGUCCCGCAGUAGGGGAGAGAUCCACCAUGAAGUCUCAGCUCACAACCCCCGACCCUCGAUUGUCUCUUCAACGGUGCUUCCAGCUUCCCCCAAUCAACAGCAGCCACCGACUCCAGGGGUAUCACCCUUGAAAACCUUUCCUGUACCCAAACUGCAAACCACGAACGCCAAGAUUCCCGACAGUCAUGCGUAUACAUCAGUCCUUCGCUCGAAUGCUAGGACAACACUUGAUGCAGAUGCCGUCAAUGAAACCUCGGAUGGACGAGAAAAACUAUCUCAUGUCAAUCUCCCAGCAAAACCGCUCGACGCAGAAGAGUUUGGUCUUUCUCUUCCCCCGAAGAGAGAGUUACCGUUCUCAAAGCCAAAGUCGAAAGCAGGUCAAAUCGAUCCAUCGAACGACGCCGACAACCCACCCGUGUCUCAAACAAGUGUCGAAAACGGUUUGUCGGAGGAUCGACUCCCACCUUCACAUACACAGAAGUCCAACAAAAGGCCUGCCAUCAGGAUUUCAACUGCCAAACAGCCUCCAGCCAAGAGAUCGCGUGCUACCGGGCGUGGUAAAGCCAACACGAAAGACUCUGCAGAAAUAGUAGUGCCUAGCGUCGAAGAGUUACUAGCCCAACCAAACAAGGUCGUCAACAGACGUGUAACUCGAUCCGCUAGCAUAAUCGCACGCGAUGCUAUCAGCAAAGACAAUCCAAACCGACAACAAAGGCCCCCUCCAAAAGUUCAAUCUCUCUCCAAGAAGGUACAUAUCACACGUUCAACCUCAAUCUCAAACACGGAUGGUCAACCAAGUCUCGAGGUUCCAGAGACUUGCACAGGCACCGAAGGUGAUGCAGCAGUACCAUGCACUCCUGCCUAUCAAAUGAUCCAAACACAUACUCCCCGAUCACCAGGUCUGGUCGAGCAGUCUUCCGCUACUAAGCAUGUGAUCACAGGCCAGGCCUAGCGAUCCCGCCCCAUGAGCAUGCAAGAUGUUGCUAUACAUCCCAAUGACAUUCAUGGAUUUGAUUCCAGUCACUCCAAAAUGCCGCAACCUGUUUCUAACAUGGAUUGUACCAUUUCAAUGGAUCCACGCUUCACCAGUGCCGAGGAACAACUCAGAGCAUGGGCUGAAAGUUCAGAAGCUGCACGUAUUCCAGCUGUCAAGGAAGUCUUUUGCAGAGCUAUCAUAAAUCCAGAAUUUGUGGGUUUGUGCAAGGCUGUAAGUGGGAUGUGGGAGACGGAAAUUCUUAAGGGUAAAAUGUGAAGCGAGAGAGACCCAUGGGAUGACGAGGCUGUCCAAUUUCAGGGG